AUGAAACGUCUCAAGGUCCCUCCGCUCUCUGAGAAACAAAGGCCGAUCACAACAUUUUCUCUUGGUCUUUUCAUGGGGGCCAGCAUAAUUCUGAUUUUAUCAAUCUUUCUCUCCUGGUGGGGUGCCGCUGUUCGUCCUAACGAACCUCAAUGGGUGGCAGUGCGACUAUUCCGGGGACCAUUCCUGCUGUUUCUUUCGGUCUUCAUGUGUGGAGUCAACAUGGCUGGUUGGGCUGGUGCUGGUGUUAACCAUGUUUUGAUUUUCGAAGUGGAUCCUCGACAUCAUCUUUCGUACCAAACGCUCAUGCAAAUCGCGGCUUUCAUGAUCAUGCUGUGGGCCUGUGCCGUGCUCGCCUAUCUUUACGCCCAUCUUCUACACAUACCUGCAUUUUCUCCUCCUUUGGUACUAAUGAUUAUCUGUGCCGUGGUCUUGUUUAACCCAUUUUCCAAGCCAGAUUACCUUUUUCACAAAAAGUCAAGGUGGUGGCUCAUUCAGCACUGUUUCAAAUGCUUCACCGCUCCCUUACAUUUCGUCACAUUCACGGAUUUCUGGCUCGGUGAUCAGAUGAAUUCGCUGACGACAUCAUUUCUUGACUUCCAGUAUUUUCUAUGUUUCUAUUCCACCGAAGUGGACUACUCACCUGAUAAUUUUAUGGCUGUGCGAACGAUAAACUCGACGACAGGAGCUGUACCAUGGGGUUACGUCGACAUCACCACAGGAAAGGAUAUGUGCAUGUCGGCGUCCGGGGUACGGUCAUUCGUUUCUAUCAUACCUGCGACAGUUCGAUUUAUGCAAUGCUUGAGGCGUUAUCGAGACACGAAACGAGUUCAUCCUCAUCUUGUGAAUGCGGGAAAAUACUCCACCACGUAUUUGGUCGUUGCCUGCGGUGCACUCAACAAAUGGGCCGAAAAAUCCGAUCCCAAUGGAACUUCGCCAUUCUUCUAUAUCUGGAUUGCAUCCUACAUCCUCUCAUUCACUUACACCUUUUUAUGGGAUGUUUUCAUGGAUUGGGGGUUAAUCGACCCACGUGCACCGAAGGAAGCGCCCUUCCUCCGUGAAGAAAUGAUAUAUGGAAGCAAGUUCUAUUACUAUGCAGCAAUUGUACAGGAUUUCGUUUUACGUCUUUCAUGGGUUCUCAAUGUCUCCCUUGGUGAGGCCUGGACUCUCGAUUCCGAUUUUCUGACCACGGUGACUGCGCCAGCUGAAGUAUUCAGGCGAUUUGUAUGGAAUUACUUCCGGUUGGAAAACGAGCAUGUGAACAAUUGCGGUCAGUUCCGAGCCGUGCGUGACAUUUCCGUAAAGCCGAUACGGAAAGGGGACCUCGAAUCCUUGUUAUCGAAAAUGGACCAAUGCGAUGGUGUGACGCACAGGGGGCAAGACUUGGCUGAGAGGAAGAAGAAACAGAAGAAAGCGCAGAAGACGACCAGGGUUCUUUUGCGCAGAGCACGUCAACACCGUGUGACCGUCCCCAUCCAAUCCGUACCCAUUACUACACACCUCGUUGAAACUCAGCAAUAG